AUGUACAAGGAUGAGCAGUGGGUUGGUGUUGAACCUCUCCCUCAUGCAUUUGUUAUCAACAUAGCUAACCAAUUAGAGUUGAUCAGCAAUGGGAAGCUAAAAAGUGCUAAACAUCGAGCAGUGACAAAUUCAAGCAUUGCUAGGACAUCCAUAGUCACUUUUAUUUCUCCAUCUAGAGAAUGCGUCAUCGAACCUGCAAAAGCACUUGUUAAAUCAGGCAAUCCCCAACUGUUCAAAGGAGUUCAGUACAAGGAGUUCAUUAACACUUACGCGGGCAAGAUUAAAGACCCUAAAGAUACGACAUUGGAGUCCUACAGGCUCCAAGCUUAG